CAUAGCGGAUGAACAGGAGCGACAGAAGUUACAUAUAUAUACGAUACCGGCGACCGAAGCGAUGACCAUUUUACGAUAACUCUCAAGGAAGACAGAUCUUUAGCGAAAGAAAGAGAAAGAGAGACGACUAUAUAUCAGUGGGAGGCUAAUGUGUCCGUGUGUCGACAAGGUUAUGGUGAUAAUCCUUAUAGACGACGAGGGCAGUUCAUGGGAAAGUGCGCAAGCCGUAUAAUUGUUUAACAUAGAAGGUGCAUGAUACAACAUGGCUCCAACCCAGUUCCACGCAUACAGCCGCAGGAGAUGGCUGAUGGUAACCAGCGUGAUCGAGAAUGUGUUAUUCUCUGCUGUUCUUCUCGGCUGGUCUUCGCUGGUGCAGAUUCUCAAACGAGAAGGCUUUUACUCCGACCUCUGCAUGGAUCAAGACCACGUCGAGGAAGGGGAGAGCGUUGUCCUGCUAGAGUCGAACGCGACGGGAGCUCACAACUUUACUAUUGGGGACAAUGACAUCAUCGGAUGCCCUGAUCAGGAUAAGAUGCUCAACUUGGUUUUCACGGUUGGCUCGUUCCUGCUCAGUGCUCUAACUUUCCCGAUCGGUUUGAUCAUGGACAAAAUUGGUUCACGAAAACUGCGCAUCAUUGGAGGGGCAAUGUUCUGUGCCUCGUGCUUACUGAUGACCAUAGCAAGCAACAAAUCAUCACAUCUUCUAUUCCCGAUCGUCAGCCUGAAUGGAGUUGGAGGAAUCAUCCUGGUUUUCACCUCCUUGCAGCCCGUGACCGCCCGUGGCAAAGCAAAGGACUACACGAGUAUAGGGCUAAAGUCAACGAUCAACAACUCAUUGACUUAUUGUGGCAGCCUACUGGCGAUGCUCAGCUGUUUCCUAGACGUGCCAGAGAAAGGGAUUCCAGAACCGCAGGACCAAAAAAUUAACAAACACACGAAAACUCUGCAGCUCCAGCACAAGGUCACUGGUAAAAAUUUCUACUCGCACGUCGACAAGAUUGGGUCGCGUCUGUCGUCGCCAGAUGUGUUACACUUUCAAGAUGAGGGCAAGGAACUGUAUACCUCAAACGCCGAUCUAGUCAUCAAGAUGAACGAUCUGGAGGAGCAGGAGAAUCGCAAUCGGAAACGGCAGUCGCUGAAGGCGGCCGUCUUCUCUGCGAUCUUCCUGUGGAGUCUCGUCACUCUCUGCAUCACCCAGCUGCGUCUGCUGUUCUUCAUCGGAGCCCUAGAACAGAUCCUCAUGAAAGUGUCGGGCGGAGACAGAGAGCAAGUUGAGUUGUACACGUACUUCUUUGGAAUGAUGCAGCUCGGAUGUUUCAUUGCUGCUCCACUGAUUGGUAUUCUCAUGGACUGGAAGACAAAGGAGAAGUUUGUCGAGCGCAAUAUCGAAGCCAAUAAGGAAGGGAACGACACUGAGCGAAGUUCAUUCAGUUCUACUCGAUCCACCGAAUCGUGUCGUUCGGUGAAGAUCGACGUGAAGGUCCGGCAACUACGUAACGCGAUGUACGCCUUUUUCAUCACAAACAGCAUUACGAUGAUAUUUGGCAGCAUCGUCCUGGUUCCCGACUUACCUUUGCAGGUCGUCGCGUUCCUGUGCCACACGAUCAUCCGCGGCUUCGUGCACUCGGCCGUCGGCGGACUCUACGCGAUCGCCUUCCACUUCAAGCACUACGGCAGCCUCGUGGGCCUCGAGUCGCUUGCCACGGCCCUCUUCAGCCUCCUACAGUACCCCCUCUUCAUCCUCGUCGAGGGCCAACUGAAACACGACCCGUUCUGGGUGAACGUGGGUCUGCUGGUGCUGUCGCUGUUGAAUUAUGGCCUGCCCCUCUACCUGCUCAAAUAUUGCAACGGGCUCGACCGAGCAAACACCCACUUUGCCUUCGUACGGUCAGCUGCACUCAUCACGUCACCAUCCUCACAGGUCGUACUUCUGUCGUCGCCGACGAAACCAAUCGACGGCAGCCUCACCGACGCCGCCGCGCUGGACAGGUGCGAGGAGUGGUCGUCGGCGCAGCAACCGACCUUUGGCCUCGGCUGCAUCUACGAGGAGGACAAGGUUUUCAACGAGCAGGAGGAGGAGGAGGGAGCGGCCAGAGACAUGACGGGCACCGACGCCAUCUACCGGCCGACGACCAUACCCGUGCGCGAGAACGCGUAGUCGCGAGAACGCGCGGGCGGGGUGUACGCCUGGUGAACAUACACGGGGUCCGAGAUGAAAGGCGAACACAUAGCGAAGUAAGAUGAAAGCUGAAUGAACAGAAAAGUCUAGGAUGAAGGGCGAACAAACAGCGAAGUAAGAUGAAAGCUGAAUGAACAGCAAAGUCUUAAGAUGAAAGCUGAAUGAACAGCAAAGUCUUAAGAUGAAAGCUGAAUGAACAGCAAAGUCUUAAGAUGAAAGCUGAAUGAACAGCAAAGUCUUAACAUGAAAGCUGAAUGAACAGCAAAGUCUUAAGAUGAAAGCUGAGUGAACAAUGAAGCUGUACAGAGCGGUCUAAGAAGAAACGAGAAAUGGAACAGCGCUGUAUAUUUAAUUACCGCAUCGAGGUGGCACGCAAAAAUUGUGCGGUGAAACUCGCUACAGAUGCAGCGAUGGCAGCUUGAAAGAGAGAGAAAGACAGACGGAAAAAACGUUAUGUUUCUAACGUUUGUAUACCGCGGUGUAUUUAUUAGCAGUGAGAAACUAGCACGGUAUGGGUUGUGGUGGGUGUGUUUCAGCGUUUAUAGCUAACACAAGCAUUGUGUCGUAUGCGUAAUUCCUUGUGCUCGUGGCAAGGAUGUGAGGUGACGUCACGAGAAUGUGCUGUUGGACCAAUAGCUGUGGAGCUCAACAUGAUAAUUUUAGUGUUCAGAAACAGCAAUGUGAUUUGUACAUAUAUUAGUGCUAUUCCGAUCCUGUACAGUGUUGUGUCGUUGAGAAGUGGGGCGUUGUGUGGGGAUCGGUGUACAUAUAGCGGAGCAGAUCCAGGGGCAGGAUGAAUGUGUGAAAUCCUGGUUUGUAAAUACGUUACGUUAGUUGCAGUUGAGCUGCAUGUGAAUGGUUGCCUAAAGUGCCAAAAAUCAAAACGAAAACAUGCUAUAUAAUAUAUUAUCAGGAGUGUAUAAUAUAUAGACACACAAUAUAUUAUAUAUAUAUUAUAUCAGAAGCAGAUAAUAGGGAAUUUCCUAUUAUCUACUUCAGAUAUAUAUAUAUUAUACACUCCUGAUAUUAUGUGAGGACUAGGCGAAAGUUGAAAAAGAAAUGGAGAGCUGUAACUGUUACUGAGUGUCAGUAAUGAAUGAUCUGAUUGGCAAAAUCUAAAUGUCAAAAAAUACAUUGACAGGCCGGCUCAUCACAUAUCACGUCAUAAUAUUGCCCAGCCAUGUAGUGCCAAUAUUUUUUGUAAAGUUUUUUUACUGGACGAUUUACGGUGUACUACCUUUGAUCAUGUUGAUUAUACAUGUCGGUGCGUGGAUUUUAAACAAGGUGUGUGGUGACCUGAUGCACGAAGAAUGUGCUGGGUCGACUCAUGUCGGUUCCCAUUUAGGUUUUUCUUGCCCCGUCUUUGUUUUAAAAUGCCACUAGAAGUGCGUAACGGUUACGGAUAAAAUUCGAAAAGUAUACGAGUAUAACUUUCAAAUGAACAUAGUUACGUAAUGCUUUGAUAUUCACGCUCAACUAGUUUUUUUUUUACAGUUAGUGGUCCUACACUGUAAGUGUAAGUUGUAACCAUAGACUAACAGUAACAAUAAUUGUUACUGUUAGUCUAUUGCAUAACUGAUGUACGAUACAUUGCAAAACAGUAUUAGAGAUUAGUAAGUCGGGCCGUGCAAAAUGUGUUCAAAAUGAGAAUUUAUCAAUGUUAUGGGUUUGUUACUAUGAUAAUAGGAUUUUGACAAUGUAAAUUUAAUAAUCUGGAAUUAAUUUGUGUUUACAUUUGGAUAUUUUUUGUACGGGUUACUGCCAAUUUGUCGAAUAUGCUAACCCAGUCAGGCAGUAUCUUGAAACACUACACUUAUUAUUGUGGUGCGUACAGGUUGAGUGUGAUUGUCGAUUUGUGAGUCUGUUGUACAGGUUACUGCAUAAAUACAUCUACGUGCAUACACGUAGUUCCUAGGUGACCAUAGUUGGCCUUGUUUUUGAUGUUACAUGAGCAAUUAAUUGUGCAAAUUGCAGGUGCAGUUUUAUUGCAUACGCGUGUAUAUGCUUGAGAUGCUAUUAUAUAAAGCCUUGUACUUUCCACAAAGAAGAAGUGUCAGCGUUCAUUUCCAAUGAUACAUGAAGAAGGAAUAAUUCUAGCCCACAGUGGAGGUAUUGGGUGAUAAUGAAACAAGUGAUCCGAUAUCGUACAGUUCAGAGUCGAAUUUAGUAGAUGAAACAACAGAUUACACAGCCUGCUGAUCUUUAAGUUUUUUUUUGUAAAUACGAGUUGUAAAAACCUCUGAACUACUGGUGUGUCACUGUUGUAAAUAUGUGGAAUAAAUAAAGUUGAAAUAGUUUUCGCGCA